CAGGGGCGGGGCCGGGCCGGGCCGGCGGGCAGCCAUGGUGUACAUCUCGAACGGACAAGUUUUGGAUAACCAGAGUCGGGCUCCCUGGAGGUUGUCAUCUAUAACAGAUUUCUUCUGGUCAAUAGCAGAUUUUGUGGUUCUGUUUUUCCAGAGCAUUAUUCAACCAGAUUUAAGAAGAAGAGGCUACACAUCUUCCUCCUAUUCAGGAUACCAUGAUGGAAGAGGGCCUCCAGCAAAUCCUCGCCGUCGGAUGGGCCGAAUAAAUCACUGGGGUGCAGGCCCCAGUCCACCACCCAUGGCUGGAGGUGGAUGA